UCCUCCUCUCUCCGUUCAUUGGUGACACGAGGCGCCCAUCACGCGGAACCAGCUCCGGGGCAUUCCCUAUCCGCGUGCUGCGUCGGAAAUAGCCGUCUUGUCCCUUUCCUCCAUUGGACUGAGCCGCUGCCAGUCGGUUUCCCUCACGUUGAACACCGUCCGCCUCUCCGGCUCUGUGUCUAGUGAGACCGCUGUCAUAUUGGCUGCUAGAAGCAGCAGCGACCACGGCCGAAAAGAAGACCCCCACCAUGAUGAAGAACGGGCUUUCGCGGAACUUAAAGAAUAAUUUAGCCUUUUAAAUAAUUUUGAUUAGUAUUUAACUGAUUAUUUUUCAAGUAUUCGGGAUGAUACCAUCAAGUAUUCAAGUAACGUUACCUUUAGUGCUUUCAUCCGACACCGUGGUCCGCAAGGGGGAUGUAUGCCUGACUCCUCGUAAUAGCCAUUUUUUGCAGACAAAGAGAGCUUUUGAAUAGGGAUUUCAGAAGGCACAAGGGUCCCAGGGGCUCCUAUUGAUGAAGAAAGUGUGCAACAUGUGGAGCAACCUGAAGAACAAAUGUCAGACACUCUUUCACAACAACAGUUCAGCACCCAGUGAAAACAGGGUUGAGGCCGAUGCCGUCCACUGUGUGGUGGAUCUUGGCCAAGGUGGCAGCUCAGGUGAGGCACAGGCAUCAGGAUCCUCCAGUCCAUCACGGAGCCUCCUGCCAGUGCCAAUGGCAACAGCAGGACGGCGCCAUCAUAACUGUGUGUCAGACAUCCCUCAGAUUGUAGAGAUCACUAUCGACAAGGACACUGAGGAUGUGCGGGAGGGUUCAGGGGGGGUUCCCAUGGCCCGGAGAGACUCCUAUUCUCGUCAUGCUCCAUGGGGGGGCAAGAAAAAACACUCAUGUUCCACCAAAACCCAGAGCUCUCUGGAAGCAGAUAGGCGGUCUGGGCGCAUACGGGGAAGUGGGAACCGUAGGGACAGACGUUAUGGAGUGUGCUCCAUCCAGGACAUGAGCGACUCUGUAUCUGGAGGACGCAGUCUGAAUGCUCGGUCUUUGCGCCAGCGGCUAAGUGAUACAGUAGGGCUGUGCUUACCCCUGCCCCCUCGCAGACACACUCGCUCAUCUAAGAACCCUGUAACCUCCAAACGUAAGAUUCACCUGACAGAGCUCAUGCUGGAGACUUGCCCCUUCCCACCAGGUUCAGACCUUGCUCACAAGUGGCACUUGAUCAAGCAACACACAGCACCGGUCAGCCCGCAUUCCUCCACUGCCCUUCUGGAUGCCUUUGACCCAGCCCACCCCUCGCCUGAGGAUGAGGAGGAACGUCUGCGUGAACGCCGCAGACUUAGCAUUGAGGAAGGUGUGGACCCACCGCCUAAUGCACAGAUCCACACCCUAGAGGCCUCAGUGCCAGGCUCCUCUCUCUACAAACUGGGACCAAAGAUGGCUCCUGGCAUGGGAGAGGCCUCUGGGGAAGGCCGGGCCUCAGGGACUGGCAACUCAGUGGGUGCUGGAUCAUCAGGUGCCUGUGGGCAGGUGUUGGGGGCUGCAGUGUCAGCCCAGGACUGUGACUCUGAGGAGGAUUCGACCACCCUCUGUCUGCAGGCUAGGAGGCCCAAGCAGAGGCACGCUUCUGGGGAAGGUCACCUGAGCCGGCAGCAACCUGGGCCCUGGAAGGUUCACACCCAGAUAGACUACAUCCACUGCCUGGUACCGGACCUGUUGCAGAUCACAGCUCUGCCCUGCUACUGGGGCGUGAUGGACCGCUACGAGGCUGAGGCUUUGCUGGAUGGACGCCCAGAGGGCACCUUCCUGCUGCGUGACUCAGCCCAAGAGGACUACCUCUUCUCCGUUAGCUUCCGCCGUUACAACCGCUCACUGCACGCCCGCAUCGAGCAAUGGAACCACAACUUCAGCUUUGACGCUCAUGACCCUUGUGUUUUCCACUCUUCCACCGUCACAGGACUGCUGGAGCACUACAAGGACCCCAGCGCCUGCAUGUUUUUUGAACCGCUGCUUACAACACCUCUCCAUCGGACCUUUCCCUUUGGCCUGCAGCACCUGGCACGGGCCGCCAUCUGCCGCUGGACCACUUACGAUGGUAUAGGCUCUCUGCCGCUUCCCCCUGCCCUGCAGGACUUCCUCAAGGAGUAUCACUAUAAACAGAAAGUACGAGUUCGCUGGCUGGAGAGGGAACCGCCACUCAAGGUCAAAUAGGGUGGGCUUCUCCAUUGCCUGUACACACACUGCAGGAGGAUUACAGAACUUGACAAAUUCUUCAUUAGCCAAUAAAGAGGCUAUACUGACAUGGCUCUCUUUCUGGUGUGGGAUGGAAUUUAAAUGUAACAAGCUACACAAGAUUCAUUCUAAUCUUUGUUUUAGUUAUUACUUACAUCACAGAAAAUACAUAUGAUUAUAUUCAGUAUAACGCUGUAUGGCAAGCACAUGUUUUUGUGUUGAGCAGGUUGGUUUGACAUGGAGGGAAGGCACAAAUAUCAGUGCUUUGUGUCUUUUCUUUCCUGAUUUGUGCUAAAUGUCUGCCUGAUCCCACGACAUCACCUUGCCUGUAGACCUGUCCGCAUGCCUUCCUUAAUCAUCCCAAAUUGCUGUUUAGGCCCACAUGGCUAUGUUGUACAGUUCACUUUGUGCUUUCUAUAUUUUUUUUUUUUUUUCCUUAAUUUGUCAAAGCACCUAGUGGAGCACCUACCCAAGGGGUUUAAGGUGUGUGUAGGUUGAGAGGGCACCUGGAGGUGCUAUUUGUAUUUUGCAGUCAGAGCUUGUCCUAUGGAUAGAGCUGCAUAAGGCACAUCCUUUGCCAUCUCUUUGCACACAUCAGCUAAGCCAGAGAUGGGGCAGAUUCUGAGAGGGGUCCAUACAGUUCAGGACAGCACAUCAGGGAAAUGAAGAGCUAUAGUUGUUUUUUAGAAACUCUAGCAGUAAUGGCGAAUGAUUUUGUGAGCAAGCUCAACUUUAUUCCAACAGUGCAGAAUUGCUUUCAAAACAGGAGGGACAGAUUCUAAGGAAAUAUUCUGACGAUUCUUUCCAGUGUUACAGUUGUCAAAGCAGUGCGUUAGUUCUUUGCUGGCCACAGGCAUUUCAGCUCUGUGCACACUAUUGUGCAUAUAUGCACACAUUUAAUUUCUUCUUGUACGAAAUGUAGCUCCUAGAGUAACAUUUGAGCAGUCUGGUGUCUUUAUGGAAUUGUGUUAUGGCUUUAUAUUGUUUACACCUGCUUCUUUCAGUUACCACCUUUUGGUGGCAUCUGGCAUACAGAAACCUUUUAUGACCAUGUGUAUCCUAGUUCAUUAUUUUUCUUUACCAGACACUUGUGACAUUGGUGCAGAUGGCUUUGCACUUUACUGGUUACAGUAAGGAAUGCUGACAAGUCAAGGCUUGAGGGUACAUGUGACAAGUGGUAGGUGAAGACAAAUGGUGACAGUUCAAAAUGCCAGUGUCCCUUUAACCAUGACUCGAGAUGAUCUGCUCAUACUUGUGAGGCUUGUUUGUGAAUGGGCUGUUUCAUGGAAGACACCAUAUAGAUCAUAAAUGAGGAGGAUGGCUAACAUCACAUGAUACUUCAACAAAUAGACUCAAUAAGACAGAAUUGUGAACUACAGUUACAACUCCCAUGAUAAGAUGGCAGUACUCUUUUCCUCAAUAAUUUAUAUUUCUUUUAUGAAAUGUUUUAAAAUGUGUUGAGCUGUUUUUAUGAACUGUGUUACCAACGGAAAGAGGUGACAGUCUUUUCUGAGGAUUUGAUGUCCCCUGCUUUUAUAAGAUAUUACUAUAAGGUCUCAACCCCAACAAAUGCCCUCGUUGCCCGGUUGCAUUUAUAGUCCUAAUUAAAACAUUGAGUGCAGGCAACAUUCUACUCUCGAGAAGUUAGAAGAUCUUUAAGAGAUGUUAUCUAAAUGAUUUUAGUUGUGUGACUUGGGACAUAAACACUGCUGGCUAGCCAGUCAUUUAUGUUGUGUUGUCAUUGUGAAGAGAAAAUAAGUGUAACCUAUGUGCCUUUUUUAGAGAACCAUUUAUUGUGUUCCAUAAUCAGUUGCGUUGUAGUCCAAACCUGGAGCAGCAAAUGCUUCAACACAGUCCUCACUGAUGCCAUGAAAUGAGACUGAAGAGAAUAAUAAUAAUAAUAUUUAAAAUGAUAAUAAUGAAGAGGUGCUCUAAGCUCAAUUAUGGUGCACGUCAAAGAUUUUGUAACAAUAAAAUGUUAGUGGUGCUAUUUUGGUUAAGCUAUGACAGAUUAUUGAAAUAACUUGUACAUUAGUUACAUCUGUUCUCACUCACUAAUGCAUGCAUUAGUCUCUUGCCACAUUAUGGCCUGUAUGGUGGUAGUAUUAGGUUAGUGGGUCCAAUGCCAGCCCUACUGUAACAUUUCAGUGCAAGUUAUGUCCAGCCCUCACAUGUUGCUUCUAGUCUGCAACUUGACAUACACAUCCUAAUGAGAGCAUGAAGGUUAACCCUUCACUGUGAGCAUUUCGAUCUGAAUAGUCCAACAUUCUGAUUAUACUAGCCAUCAGCAACAGUGUUUAAUUCAUAAGCAACGCUGUUUGCUCUAACUCUCAAUUAGUAGUAAAUACACAUUACUUAGCUCUUUUAGAAAUGUAAUUAGUUGGACUUUUAAUAGAACAUGUGAGCAAAUGACUGUGGGAGGAUGAGAUUGGUGGAGACAAGCCGUGGCUCCCUUAAGGCAUUUAUAGAAAACAAUUUCUAAUGUGAAUGUAAUUAGCUGUAGAUGAAACCCCCCACAGGUAAUUUGUAAAACAAAAUAAUAAAACUGAAACACUUGUGAGCUGAUGAUCACUGGAAAGGUUAAUCUGUUUAGUUUGUGUUUAUCAUGUGUCUGAACAGCCUGCACAUAUGUUAAAGGUUAUUGUAGUUCUCAUCCGUGAGGAUGAAUCAUGAACAAAUGUCGUGUUUCUUUGCCCCUGAAUAUCUGAGUCUGUGACCAAAGCUCUUACACACAGCUAUGUGUAAUAACUUGUAGGCUGAAGCUUAUGAAUGUGUUCAAUGCUGUUUAAAAUUAAUCUAAAUUAGAUUUCAGAUUUACAAACAAGUGAAAGUUGGUUCCGUACUACAGUAUGUUGGACUACUCUUUUUUGUUAGUAUAUCCAUAGGGGAGAACCUGGCACUGUCAGGCCCACACCUACACCCUGAAAUCUGUCAUUCAGCACUGAACACCUCUCUGUCAAACCAUUAUCGUAUUUUCACUUGUCAGGCUGACAACAAUUUUUAUGCAGGUGGUAAAAGAUAAUUGGUGUAGGUAUAAGAGUUGAUAUUUCCAAUAACUCCUUUUACUCUCUCCCCUGGCUUGUGAAUUAAUCAGAAUUUAUACAUUUCCUCACAUAAAGGUCCCAAACAUUUUCCACUGACCCGCACUUUGUUCUCAGAAAGCUUGAAUACCGCAUGUUAAUCACUUAUAUGUGUUCGAGUGCCAGGAGUGAGUGUUAAGCGGGGUUGACGUAUGAGUUCCCUGUAUGCACACUUCAGUGUUUCAGGAUUCAGGAUCCACAAAGUCAGAGAGAGAUGACAUGUAUAUCUAUUUGAAAACCCACACAUACUAUCUUGCUCACUGUCACCUGUCCAUCAUGCUACUGCCUAGCAAUAGAGUACCACUCCUUACAGUGCCCCACCCGACUUGCAGGCACUAAUCACAGGCUAAUUUUACCAUGUUGGGAUAUAAAUUAACUGGGUACUAAAAGGGCUGCUCUGUGUUGCCUUAUGGCUGCUGUGUGGCUGAGGGAGGCCUUUUUUGUUAUUAUAUCCAACUGCGCUCUCACCAUCUGGCCACAUCCCUAACAUCACUGUGCUGAUGUCAAGGUGACUGUGGUGUAGAGUGAACUAAGGCCCGUUUGUCCUGCCCUCUGCUCUCUAUCCAACCCCGUUAGGACGAUGUCAGGCUGAAGUUAACAUUAGGGAGCAGGGGGAGGAGAGAUGGAGCUGGCUCACUGAGAGCCCUGGCUUCCUGUUGUGGCAACGGCGUGCUCACAGAGAGGGCUAGGGAUCUGUUGAAGUAAAUAGCACUUUAAUUGUGUAUUUGUGUUCUACAGUGCAGCCUAAGUAUUAGGACAGUGAUGUUUUUUGUUGUAGUGGCUCUUUAUUCCAGCAUCCUGGUUUUUAAAAUGACUACGUUGGGCUUAGUGACAACUUUGUAUCCAUAUUUGGUAUACAUGGUAGGAAUUGUACAGCUUUUAGAAAUUGAAUAACCUUUAACAAAUGUAAGUCAUCAUAUUUAGUAUUUGGUUGAACAGCUUUUGCAAUUAGUCACUACUGAAUUCUGACACAUACAUGAGCAGCCACUUUGUGGUAAGGUUUGUAACUGUUGUCAUUUUUAUUCUUGCUUGUUUUGGUCUUUAGCAGGAGAACCAUCCUCAUUUGGACUGAGGUCUGACGUGACUCGGUCCUCAUUGGUAGCCUUGUUUGUAUGUUAAAGAUCAUUGUUUGCCAAUUCUAUACAUCAUACUAAAAGCUGAGUGUUAGCACUUUAAUCUUAUAGUCAUUACCAUUAUGCUGCACUACAGAGCCAGAACAACUGAAAAUGCACAACUGUCCAAAUAUUUCUGGACAGCGCUGUUUGCGUUUUAGCUCAAGAUGGUGAGACUUGUGUGAGUGUUUAGAAAAAGCCAGCGGUCCUGAAAUAUUUCAGUUAUAUUCAGGCAUUGUAAGCUGUGUUGAUGGAGUUGUAUUCACCAUGCUGCAGUCUUGUGUGUGUUGUGUGGGUGUGCAUUAGUGUAUGGACAGAGCCACGCGGAGGGUUCCAGUGGAGGGGAUGCAGAGUGGACUCGACUGUGAGGGGUGAUGACAGUGACUCCUAUGAACAUAUGCCUCUCUGCUCCCGUCCCUCUCCCCAUAUUCUCAGGCAGGCCCAUUGCAAGGAGAGUCCCGGGACCCUCUCAACCCAGUUUUCCCCAUGGGAAAUAUCUGACAUUAACCGUAGCACAUGUUUGCCAUAUAACCCGUAGAUCUAGUAGGAAGUACAACCUUGUAUGUAUGAUGAAUGAUGGAGUUAUGUAAUAGGAGCCUGAUGAAAAGAUGUUUUAUUCUUCUGUGGUGCAUUGACUGCCUAGAAUACAUACAUGUGCACACUCUUGCUGUCACACUUCUUCUGACACCUGCACUAUCCCAGGUAUUGACACAUCCACACCCUCCCACCACCCCAUCCUAAGCCAGUGAUGUGUAAACAUGGACCACAUUUAGCCAGCACCACAUUUCUGUGUUGCCCCCACCCCACCCCCCCCCAAAAUGGAAAGCAAAGACGGGUGUUUACGUAUAAAUUAUGUUCUUUAGAAAAAGAAAACGCCGUGAAGUGAACUAUUUUGACCUUAUAUUGUCAUUAGUGUGACACUAUUUAGCUGCACUAUGAGAGCCUCGUUUGUGGUAAGAAACCACUGGGUCUGGUCUGGAUGAGAGACAGGCUGGUUGUGUCGCUAGCUGUCCCAUUAAACCACAGCAACACCCCUAGAUAUUGGACUCGGUACAACUGGUGGUUUCAGCUCUUAGAGGACAAAAAAAAAGAAGAUAUUUUAAGCAAUUUUUUUUAAUGUUCCCAUUAUAUAUUUGAGAAAGCUGGGUAAGUGCUAUAUGCAAACAGAAAAAGAUGUAUGAAAGAAUUAUUUUUCAUUAUUACUUCUCCCUAAUAUGCAAUGGAGUGUAGUGUAACAAUGGUUGCAAUCCUGUCACUUUAAUGCUGUAUGUGCACAUUGGUUGCUGUGUGGAUGUGGGUGCCGAGGCAACAGGACUUGACAAUGAUGGGAACUAAUGGUUGUCAUUCUGCAGCAGCGCUGUGUUCCCAGACUGCCUUAUUCGUUCUGACCAAUCACAAGAGCCCUUUAAAUCCUGGGCUGCAGCCACUGCCACAGGCUGACCAAGCUGUCAUCAGACGAAUAUCGCUAUUCUAUUUACUUCUGCUUUUCCUCGCUUCUUUUUUUUUUGUCUUUUAUUUCUUUUGCUAUCAGGUAGGAUUUGGAGCCUGUAAAUGGCAUAAUCAUGUUCACACUUAACUGUCUGUCGUCUGUAUCUGCUUCACCAUUCAAGGAGAAAAAAAAAGUCGUUUUCCAGUAUAACCUGUUCAUUUUUAAGAGCCGUAUGAUGCGACACUUGUAGCUGUCACUCUUGGUGCUUGGCUUAUGCUUCAUUGUCUUAAUAUUCCAAAUAAAACUGUUAAGUGUAAUCCACACUGGCCCAUGAUACAA